CCGGAACCUUCCCGAGGAGCUGCCCGGAGCGCUAACGCGGCACGGAGGUGCGCGAAGCCACCGUUUCUGCCGUGUCCUCCUGACCCCAGGGUGCGAGGAAGCCUCAGCCGGAGCAGAGCGAUUCAGCCGGCCAGCCGGACACCCAGUGGCUGCCCUGAAGGAGAAAGAGGGAAGGUGGCAGCCAGGCGCCUGGGAAAGGCAGCCCGAGCAGCCCCAGAGGGAGCCCAGGCUGGCAAGCGCGAUCCUCCGGCGUGCACUGAAGGCAGGGAGCCAGCCAGGAAGGGCGGGGCAGGAGCUGUGCAAAGGACCCCAGUGGACAAGGCUGCCUCCCUCCUCCCAUGGCCCCCCUCAACGCCAGCAGCUUUGACCCCAUCACCUUUGUCCUGACGGGAAUCCCAGGCAUGGAGGCCUCCCACAUCUGGAUCUCGGUGCCCUUCUGCCUGAUGUACGUGGGGGCCCUGGCGGGGAACGCCUUCCUCCUCUUUCUCAUCGCCACGGAGCGCAGCCUCCACCAGCCUAUGCACCUCUUCCUGGCCAUGCUGGCCGUAGCUGACCUCAUGCUCUCCACCUCCACUGUGCCGGAGAUGCUGGCCAUCUUCUGGUUCGGCUCCAGGAAGAUCUCCUUUGACGCCUGCAUCGCCCAGAUGUUCUUCACCCACUUCAGCUUCAUCGCCGAGUCCACCAUCCUGCUGGCCAUGGCCUUCGACCGUUACGUCGCCGUUUGCGAUCCGUUGCGCUACAUGACCAUCCUCACGCCUUCCGCAAUAGGGAAGGUGGCCAUCGCCGCCGUGGUCAGGGGGCUGGCCAUCAUGUUCCCCCCCAUCUUCCUCCUGAAGAGGCUGCCCUACUGUGGCCACAGCACGAUGCCCCACACCUAUUGCGAGCACAUGGGCAUCGCCCGCCUGGCUUGCGGGGACAUCACCGCCAACAUCUGGUACGGCUUCACAACCACCCUCCUGUCCUCUGGCGUCGACGUGGUGCUGAUCGCCGCCUCUUACGCCCUGAUCCUCCGGGCCGUCUUCCAGCUGUCCUGCAAGGAAGCCCGGCGGAAAGCUCUCCGCACCUGCGGCUCCCACAUCUCCGUCAUCCUCAUGUUCUACAUGCCGGCCUUCUUCUCCUUCCUCACCCAUCGCUUCGGCCACAACAUCCCUAGCUGGAUCCAUAUCCUGCUGGCCGACCUCUACGUGAUCGUGCCGCCCAUGCUCAACCCCAUUGUCUACGGAGUCCGAACGAAGCCAAUCCGGGAGAGGGCCGUCCACGUCCUCUCGCAUUUGGGAAGGACCUGCCGCUAA